AUGAGCACCCUCGCUGCAGCCCGCUACGAGCUACAAGUCGGCCUCGCACCCGCUGCGCCCGCCCUCCCGCUCGCGCUCGCCGCGCCGUCCUCGCCCAGGCUCGACCACGCCGACGACGACGAGGCGGCGUCGCUCUUGCCCCGGCCGGCCGUGCGCCGCCUCGAACCCGCCGCGAGCGAGGUCAGGAGGCUCAGGCGUGGCUUCUUUGCCUACUCGGUCGCGAGCGAGGUCUUUGUCAUCGUCGCCGGCACCCUCUUCCUCCCUGUCGUGCUCGAGACGUACGCCCGCGAGAACGGGCGGCUCGCGCCGGACUUUGUCGCAGGCUGUCCGCCGUCGGGACUUGGUGCGGGAGGAGGGGCAGGCGAGGGCGCGGCCGAGGGGGACCAGGCGCGGUGCGCGGUGAGUGUUCUCGGGGUCUGGGUCGAUACGGCCUCGGUCGCGCUCUUGACGUACUCGGCGUCAGUCGCCGCUCAAGCACUCACGGUCAUCUCGAUGGGCCGACUCGCCGACGACCCCUACAUCCGCCACCGCCUCUUGUCCCUCUUUGCCCUCGUCGGCUCCCUCGCCUGCAUCUUCUUCCUCGCCGUCCCGUCCGGCUCGAGCCUGUGGCCCACCGCGGCCCUCCUCGCGCUCAUCGCCAACGUCUCGUUCGGCGCGUCGAUCGUGUGCCUCAACUCGUACCUUCCCGACCUCGGCCGCCUCGAUCCGGCCGUCCUCCUCGCUCAAGGCGCCCUCGACGCCGCCCAGCACUCGUUCCUCUCGCGCACCACCUCUCCACACGCCAGACCUCCCUCUCCCUUGUCGAGUGUCCCCGAGCCUGACGAGGACGACGACGACGCCCUCCUCGGCUCGUCCCAGUCGCUCGCACGGGCCUCGGACGCCUACGCCGCCGCGCGCGGCCGAGCGACGGCGGCGCUCUCGGCGCGCGCGAUCGCCGCAGGCUACGCGGCGGGUAUCGCCGUCCUCGUCGCGCUCCUGCCCGUCGUCAAGGCGCUGUCGGGCUCGGCGGGCGGGGGAGGAGGCCCGGGCACGUGGCCCCUCCGGGUCGCCGUCGCCGUUAGCGGCGCGUGGUGGCUCGUCGGGAGCGUGCCGGCUGCGGCGUGGCUGCGGCCGCUCGAGGGAGGGGGUGGCGGCGACGGCGAGCGGGAGGGCGGCGGGUCGUCGGCGAGGAGGAGCGCGGGAGGAGGACGAGGGGUCAAAGCGCGCUCGUGGGCAGGGGCGGUCAGGAACGGGUGGAGCGGCCUCGUCGACAUGCUGCGCGAGUGGAGGAGGCUGCCGCAGGCGUUCAAGUUCCUCGCGGCGUGGUUCCUUCUGAGCGACGCCUUUGCGACCAUCACGUCGACCGCGGUCCUGUUCGCCAAGACGUCACUCGGCCUCGCGACGUCGUCGCUCAUCUACGUCGCCAUCCUCACGCCUCUCUCGGGCCUCAUCGGCGCCCUCGUGUGCCCGUUCCUCCAGUCGCACACCGCCCUCGCCCACCUGCACCUCUCGACGCACCGCAUCCUCGUCGCCCUCGUCGUCCUGUCGCUCGGCGUCCCGCUGUACGGCCUCGUCGCCCUGCGCACGGCUCGCCAGAUGUACCUCCUCGCCGUCGUCUUUGGGUUCCUCUUUGGCGCCUUCCAGUCGUUCGCGCGCGCCCUGUACGCCCAAAUCAUCCCGCCCGCACGUGCGUCAGCCUACUUUGCCCUGUACUCGAUCACGGACAAGAGCUCGAGCUUCCUCGGCCCGCUCCUCGUCGCGACCGUCACGACGGCGACAGGCGAGAUCCGACACGGGUUCAUCCUCAUCGCGGCCCUCAUGGCGGCUGCGGUGCCGGUCCUCGUCAGGGUCGAGGUCGACCAGGGCGCACAGGACGCCGAGAGGAUGGACAGCGAGCUCAAGGGCGAGGUGGACGAGGCCGACGACGAGGAAGGACUCGGUGGACGAGCGUAGACGGAGCGCAAUGCAGUUCUUGCUCUCUCGU